AUGUUCUCGAUGCCCUUGCGCCGCUCCAAGGGUGGGGCUCUAGCCAUGCUGUCAUGGACCUUGUCCUUACUAGGUCCAACACUUGCAGCCGCGGCUUCACAAGCCGAUUAUUAUGUCCACGAUUUACCAGGGGCUCCGGAAGGGCCGCUUUUGAAGAUGCACGCCGGACACAUCGAAGUCGACCCGGAGACUAACGGCAACCUCUUCUUCUGGCAUUACCAGAAUCGACAUAUCGCAAACCGACAGCGCACGGUGAUCUGGCUUAAUGGUGGACCGGGAUGUAGCUCCAUGGAUGGUGCUCUGAUGGAGGUUGGCCCAUACCGGCUCAAGGACGAUCACACAUUGGAGUACAACAAGGGCUCGUGGGAUGAGUUCGCUAAUUUGCUCUUUGUUGACCAACCUGUUGGUACCGGCUUCAGUUACGCCAACACCAACAGCUACCUCCAUGAGUUAGAUCAAAUGGCGGCCCAUUUUAUGAUCUUCUUGGAGUCCUUCUUUGAAUUGUUCCCAGAGUAUGAACGAGACGACAUUUAUAUUGCCGGUGAAUCGUACGCAGGCCAGCAUAUCCCCUACAUCGCCAGAGCUAUCAAAGAUCGCAACAAGGCGGCUGAGGAAAAUGGACAAAGAAAGUGGCCACUCAAGGGCCUGCUCAUCGGAAACGGUUGGAUCUCACCUGAACAGUAUCCGUCUUACUUUGAAUUCGCCGAGCGUGAAGGUUUGAUUGAGAAGGGGUCGUCUGAAUACAAAAGAAUCGAAGCCGUGAACUCGGUUUGUUUAUCCAAGCUGGAAACCCCGGGGAUCAUGGAUCACGUCAAUGUUCCCGAGUGCGAACAGGUCUUGCAAAGCAUGCUGUCCAUUGGCCAGUACGAUGGCGAGUGCAUGAACGUAUACGACAUUCGUUUGAAAGACUCAUGGCCUGCGUGUGGCAUGAACUGGCCCCCAGACUUGACGUUCAUUUCACCGUACCUGCAGCGCCAGGACGUGGUUAAAGCCUUGAACAUCAAUCCUGCGAAGAUGACCGGCUGGCAGGAAUGCUCCGGUGGUGUAAGCAAGGCCUUCCACGCCUCAAAUUCCCAGGCGGCAGGCAAGUUGAUUCCUGGCCUGAUUGAGGAUGGAAUCAACGUGCUUCUGUUCAGUGGUGAUAAGGAUAUGAUCUGCAAUCACAUUGGAACGGAGACCUACAUACACGGCUUGAAGUGGAAGGGUGCCACGGGCUUUGAGACCGCGCCGGGCGAGUGGGCUCCGCGCCAUGACUGGACUUUCGAGGGUGAACCGGCCGGCAUCUACCAACAUGCCCGUAAUCUGACCUAUGUCUUGUUCUACAAUGCCAGCCACAUGGUCCCCUUCGACUCACCUCGCCAGACUCGCGAUAUGCUUGACCGUUUCAUGAAUGUGGACAUCGCCAGUAUCGGUGGGCGGCCCGCUGACUCGCGUAUCGACGGCGAGAAAUUGCCCCAGACCUCGGUAGGUGGUCAAACCAAUAGCACUGUCGCCGAGCAGGAAGAGAAGAAAAAGAUCAAGGAUACCGAGAUGCACGCCUACACCAAAUCUGGAGAGGCCAUCCUGGUGGUGGUCAUAAUUGGUGUCACUGUCUGGGGUUUCUUCAUCUGGCGCAGUCGCCGAACCCAACGCGGUUACCGUGGGGUCAAUCCUCAAGAUAUGGAUAUGCGGGCUGGAUCUGUCUUGGAUCGAUUCCAAAACAAGCAUAAUAACGAUCUUGAGGCCGGUGACUUUGAUGAAUCGGAGCUGGAUGAAUUGCAUCUGACUGGCCUUGAUCGGAAUCAUUACGCAGUUGGGGAUGUUAGCGAUGAUGAGGACCACGACGUGAAUGAUCCUCACAUCGGCUCUCAUCCCGUUGAUAACAAUCACCAUUAA